AGCUUCUCAAAUAUACAUAAUGAUAAUAAGUACUGUUAGUGGAGCUUUUGAGCAAAAUGUUAGCUUAAAGCUGUUGUGUAAAGCUCGGUGAACUUGUUGUUGACAACAAACAGCACAAUAACAAAAUGAGUUGAGUAUUUGAAGCCACUUAACAUAUAACAUUGGCCCAAGAGCGAACUAAAGAAUAAGUUGGCAAAUACCUAAAACGUACAACAAACAACAAACAAGAACGGCUUAAUAGGGUCUUCGAGUAUGCAUAACGAGCCGCAAUUUAUUAGCUUUUGAUUAAGACGUCAUUCGUGGGAACAGCAGCAGCAGCAACAUUAACAAUAACAGUCGCUUUAAGCCACAACCACACCGCGUACUAGCAGCAACAACAUUGAGCACCUGCGCAACCGCAACCAGUCUCUUACCGCAUAAUUCCCUUUCAGCUAUUUUAAAGCUUGUCUUUUUUUUUGCGACACCGCAGCUUCAGCUUUUGCUUCAAACAACGAACGCCUUUGUUGGCGUAACUCAUAAAAAACCGUGUUACCAAAGUGUUCCCAAUAGCAGUUUCGAUAAAGUCUUUGCGCUGAACGGUUCGUACGAGUUUGUUCGUUCGUGGUCUUCAACUCUGUUGUGUUGGGUUUCCUGCUCCGGUAUGUGGUCGACACUCACAGAUUUCUAGUCUAUUUGUGUGGUGCAAAAAAUCGAAAAUUCCGUAAAUUCAGAAAAAGUACGAGAUAUACAAAAACAGAUCUGUGUUUUUUUUCUGUAUGUAAAUACAAAAAAAAAAUUAGCGCUUCGAAAAAUACGAAAACGCUUAGAUAAAGGAAGAAACGAGUUGUAAGCGUACGCAAACGAAAAAAUAUAUGUUUUGUAAUUUCAAACUCGGCGUUUUUUCUGCUUUUGCUGCUGUUUGUGUUUGUUGUGGGCCCACGAUUUGUUGAUUUAGGCUUUUUUCUUUCGAUUUUUUUCGUACGCUUUGAUUGAGCAAACAUAUUUUCGGCUUUAUAUGGUCUUAAUUCGCAAGCUUAAAUGAGUGUUUCCGUGCGUUGUGGGACUAAAAAUUGCGGUCAAAGUUGAUAUUUGCAACAAAGAUAACUAUAUACCUACAACAAUAAGUGUAACUUACGUGUAUCACAAUUGAAUUAGAAGUGUAAAAGGUAUCUAGCCGAAACGAUCUUGUAUCCAACGUGUAAAGUUUUCGAACAAAGCGGAGUGAAAGAUCGUUAUUAGCAUCAAAAAAGAAGCAGUGAAGAACGCAGAAAAAAACCAUCCUUGGCAUUGUUGUUGCAUACCCAACAAAUCAUAAUAUCGUAGCUGUUUGCAAUUGUUGUUAUAAAAAGCCGCCAAAAUUGGUCGCCUAACGAAAACUUCGUUUGUGCUCAACGACUACAAGGUGAGUGACAUUUCGCCAGUACUCGUGCUCCUACCUAUUCACAUUGUCGCAUUUCGUCGUGUCUCAAGUGUGCGUUACUAAAUGUUUGACUUUUUAAAAUAGAAAAAAAACUAUAUAUUUGUUGUAAAAUAACCGAGAUUUCAAAGCCAUUGGACGAGGACAUGGGUUUCAGUUCGCGCAUGGACUGCUGCGGGCAGUUCGUCAAAUACAGCCUGUUCAUUUCAAAUUUGAUAAUAUUUGUCGGUGGCGCAACAGUCUUUACGCUUACACUAUGGACGCUCGUGGAUCGCAGUUUUAUGAAUGAGUUGUUGGGCACUAAUCUCUUCUCGGGCGCCGUUUACGUCUUACUGGUUACGUCGGUGGCGAUUUGUUUGCUCUCAUUUUUGGGUUGUGUGGGUGCGGGUAAAGAGGUCAAAUGUCUGCUACUGACGUAUUUCAUAAUUGUGGCGCUAGUGUUUGUGACGAUGUUAAUCGGCGGCAUACUGGGCUAUGUGUUUAGGGAACGUGUACAGCAAACGAUGAGACAGGAAAUGCGUGCCACUAUGGCGCUCUAUGGAAGCCGUCGUGAUGUCACCUUAGCGUGGGAUCAAACGCAAGAACGUCUUCAGUGCUGUGGUGUGGACACCUGGCACGACUGGAAUCGCUAUGGGCCCGUACCAGAAUCUUGUUGUCAGGAAUUAUUCGGUGGACAGCGCAAAGACUGCAGCAUCUUUCCAACAAUAACAAAUCUCUAUAGUCAGGGCUGUCUGUAUGUGACGACAAAUUUCAUACGCGAUCAUGCGGCCUUAAUUGGCGGCACUGCCAUAGCAGUGGCCAUAUUAAUGAUAUUUGGCAUGAUAUUCUCAUGUCUGCUAUUUAAUAUGAUUGAAUAGUACGCUGGACAUUGAGGAGGCGUCAUGUCGCGAAAUAAGCUAAAAAAAAUGGUGGAAGUUGCAGAAUUAUUAGAAGAGCAAACAAAUACAACUGAUUAGUAACAAAAAAGCGCUUACAAUCACGCACACAAACACACACAUUCAUACACUAUAACACAAAUUCAUAGAAAUAUGCCAACACAUACACAAAUCCAAACACUCACACUUACUUAAAAACUUACACACGUCCAACAAAUCCAACAAAAAAAAGUUGGCAAUAAUUAAAAAAAAAACCGUAUAAAUUAUGCUCAUAAUAAAAUCAAAUAAAACUUUUUGGCUUAACGCCUGAAAGUAUGCCACUAAACUGUUCCAACGCGCUAAACAUCCAUGUUAAAUUCGAAAAAGUAAACAAUAUUAGUAUGUCGUCCCAUUUAUCUCACAGUCCCAUUAAUUAUAAAAUUAUUUUAAGCAAAUUUUGGUUUUAAAUUUAAUAUUGCUCAUAAAAAUUUUUGCGUUACGCAACGCUGCUGUAUCAAAAAAAGUAUUAUUUUCGAAUUUGUAAGUGCAUAAUAAAUACAUAUAUGUAUACUUGUAUAAUAUUUGUAAUGUUGUAAGACAUUGCAUUAAUUUUUAAAAUAUUCUAUGUAUAAAUAUUUACUUUAAACCAUAUAAUAUAUGUAUUUGAACAGCUGGCCGCCUAAAGGUAUGCUACAAAGAUUUUUGCUAAUUAUAAAAUAUGUUUCAAACCAAAAGCGUGCUUUGUUGUAAUUUAAAAAAUCACUCACAUACUUUUAGACAGUUAAUUUCUCUUAAGGAGCCAGCUGUUGCAUACAAUCUUCAGCUUAAAUACAUAAAUAUACAAGCGAUUAGUUUUAUUUUUUAGUUUUACUUAGUUUCAUUACAAAAUAUUUUCGUUAAAAUCUGAGUGUUUUCCAGAAGCAAUACAUUAAUAGCUAAUACUAGUUUAUUAAUGACAUAAAAAAAUGAAAUUGCAAUUCAUGCAGUUACAUAUAAUUUAGUUGCUAAGUCUAUAUAAUUACCUGUACACCGUAAUUAAGCAAUACCUUAUUCAUUAUUAUGUAAGACUUCAAUAUCGAAUAUUUCUUCUUGCAUAUAUCGUCCGUUAUUUUAGCAUAUCGUAAUUAUAAACAUGUAUCAAUAUUUCUGUUUUGUAAAAAAUAUUUUUUUUUCAUUGUAUGUAUGUAUUUAACUGUAACUUGUAAUUACUUUAUAAAUGCAUGUGCAGCAAUACCGAAAUUUAUUGGUUGAAAUACAAGUCAAAUAUAUUAUUGUUAAAUAACAUAACUGCA